AUGGCGAUUGAUUAUCCCGGUGUUUACGCUGGAGCUAUUACGGAGCCUCGAGAACAAACCUCUAACGCAGCAACCUUCAACACUAUCGAUACUCUCAGAUCGCCCAAAACUCCUCCAGCAGCUCCGCCAGUAGCAAUCUUCAAGAAACGCUCUGCAAAAGGCAAAUCCAAUUUUCGAAAACGAGCCGCCACCCCACCUCCAGCCUCGGACAGCGACGAUUCAGCGUACUCUUCAUCCGAAGAUGAAUCCGGCCGAAAGAUUAAACGAAGGAAGAAGAAUACAGGCGUUGUAACAGCAUCCUCUAGGAACAACACUUCCUCAAACACCGACCUCACAGCUUCAAUAUAUUCUGCAGACCGGAGCACCACCAUGAAAAGCUCUAAUGACGCCACCAAGCAAAGCAACUGGUAUGAUGAGAAUGCCACCGAUGCCCUAUCAACCAAAAACCUGCUCGGCAGCACAAGAGCUGCCCCGGCCGAAGCAGCAGAUGGAACAUACAAAGGUCUCGCGAACGCAACCACCUUCAUCCAAAAGAAUCCAGAUGCCCCAAAACGAGUCAUGGGCCCCGUAAAAGCACCCACAAACAUCAGAACCAUCACUGUUACGGAUUUUGCACCAGAUGUAUGCAAAGAUUACAAGCAGACGGGUUUCUGUGGUUUUGGAGAUAAUUGUAAAUACUUGCAUGCAAGAGAGGAUUACAAGCAAGGCUGGCAAUUGGAUAAAGAGUGGGAGAACGUCACCAAGGGCAAGAAAGUGGGGGGGACGAAGGUAGCGAGUGCGAAUCGAGAUGCGGUGGAGGAAGACUCAGAUGACGAUGAUGCGAUGUUGGAGGGCAUCCCGUUUGCGUGUAUUCUGUGCAGGGAAAGUUACAAGGAUCCUAUUUUGACAAAGUGCGGGCACUAUUUCUGCUUGAACUGCGCGUUAACUAGGUAUAAGAAAGAUCCUAGUUGUGCGGCUUGUGGUGCGGGGACUGGAGGGAUGUUUAAUGGGGCAAAGGGGUUGAAAAAGUUGCUAGACAAGAAGAGGGAGAAGGCUGCUAAGAGGCGGCAAAAGGCUAUUGAAGCCGGAGAGGAAGUAAGUGAUGAGGAAGAGGAAGAAUAG